AUGGACCCAGGACAGGAACUAGAGGAAAGGGUCCUGGGGAGGACACCCCUCUUCAGACCUCUGCCAGAGUCUGAGAGUUCCGACCUCUGCGUGCUGCGGGCGGCCGCCUGCCAGACGGAGGAAGACUACUUCCGCUACCGGAUCCUCUUCGAAGACCUGGACCGCAAUGGGGACGGCGUGCUGGACAUCCUGGAGCUCAAGGAGGGGCUGAUCAACUGGAACUCCUCGUUUGGCCCCAACUCAGAGGAGGAAAUUUUGAAGGCUGGAGAUACAAAUCUUGAUUCAGGAUUGGACUUUGAAGAAUUUGUGCGGUAUCUUCAAGACCAUGAGAAAAAAAUGAAGUUGGCAUUUAAAAGUCUGGACAAAAAUAAUGAUGGUAUAUAUAUGUGUUUUCAUAUAUUUUUAAUAGAUGCUUCAGAAGUAGUUGCUGCUGUGGGAUCACUGGGUUUACAUAUUUCUGAAGCUCAGGCAAACGAUAUUCUGAAAAGCAUGGAUAGUGACGGAACCAUGACAAUAGACUGGGAUGAAUGGAGGGACUACUUUUUACUUCGCCCUGCAACAAGUAUCAGUGAUAUUAUUCGUUUCUGGAAGCGUUCUACCAUAAUUGACAUAGGCGAGAGUAUAGCUAUUCCAGAUGAGUUUACUGAACAAGAAAGGAAGUCUGGAGACUGGUGGAAACGUCUGGUGGCAGCAGGAAUAGCUAGCGCGGUUGCACGGACAUGCACAGCACCUUUAGACCGUCUGAAAGUCAUGAUGCAGGUUCAUAGUUUAGAGUCAAGGAGAAUGAGAUUGACUAGUGGGUUUCAGCAGAUGGUAAAAGAAGGAGGAAUUCUCUCUCUUUGGAGGGGAAAUGGUGUAAAUGUUUUUAAAAUUGCACCAGAGACAGCACUCAAGGUCGGGGCCUAUGAACAGUAUAAGAAAUGGCUUAGUUUUGAUGGUGCUAAUAUAGGAAUUCUUGAAAGAUUUAUAUCUGGAUCAUUGGCUGGUGCAACUGCCCAGACCUGUAUUUACCCCAUGGAGGUAAUAAAGACUAGACUGGCCGUAGCUAAAACUGGAGAGUAUUCAGGGAUUAUUGAUUGUGGCAAGAAGCUCCUGAAACAAGAAGGUUUCAAAACCUUUUUAAGAGGUUACGUUCCUAACUUGCUAGGCAUCGUACCUUACGCAGGUUUAGAUCUUACUGUUUAUGAGCUUUUGAAGAAUUAUUGGCUAGAACAUUAUGCAGGAAACUCCAUGAAUCCUGGGGUGAUGAUUUUACUGGGAUGCAGUACUUUGUCUCACACUUGUGGUCAGUUAGCCAGCUUCCCUUUGACCGUUCUUAGGACUCGCAUGCAGACUGAACAUAUGAUGGAAAAAGGAACAACAGCUCCUUUGAUUCAUCUCAUUAAAGAAAUCUAUAACAAAGAAGGAAAAAGGGGAUUUUAUAGAGGUAUCACUCCAAACAUCAUAAAGUUGCUUCCUGCAGUAGGCAUCGGCUGUGUGGUUUAUGAAAAAGUGAAACCAAUUUUGGAUUAACCUAG